CGCAAUCGAAAUUCAAAAUCUGAAUUUAGUAGCAAUUUCUUUUUUCUUAAAUUAUUCUAAACUCUAGUGGCAGUGUUUCGGUUUUCAGUGGACGAAUACAACCGGACUUUUGCCUCGGUUUUGCGGUGUGAAGAUUGUAUUUUAGUUGAGGCUGCAAUAAAGCAAGUUGAGUGAGACAUAAAUUACGAAGAAACUGUUCAAACGGAACCCGAACCGAAGCAAGAGUUGGCAAAAAAAGAAAUAAGGAAAAAGGAGGGCGCUCUUCCCGGACUAUCGUUUAGUCGGGCGCGGACCCGGGCGCCGGGAACCGGGCGGACUCAUGAAUAUGACAUCAGCGGUCGCCGCUGACCCGCGAUGUUGAUUUAUGCGGCGCCGACGAUCCAUCACCCGGAUAACCGGACCAACAAACAGACGGGGGGCACUCUUCCUUGAUAAAGCACCGUUUACGGACCUUUUGUGAAUCGAUGAUUUGGUUUUAAAAUUGGGUGUGAUUAAAGCACCCCUUUUUGGGAGGAUGCGGCGGCGCCCGCUCCCGCCGGUUCGGGAAGAAAGCUCGCAGUCAAAGUCAUGGCGCAGCGCGUGCGACAGCGACCUGGCGAUGUACGCGCUGGUGGCGUGUGUGGGCGCACUCACAUACGCCAACAGCCUCGCCGGCGAGUUCGUGCACGACGACAUCCCCGCGAUAGUGUCCAAUCGUGAUGUGAACGGUGCUAACCCAGUGCUCAGUGUGUUUGUUAAUGACUUCUGGGGCACGCCGAUGUCGGACCCCAACAGCCACAAGUCCUACCGCCCGCUGACCACGUUGUCGUUUAGGUUAAACUACGCGUUGUGCGGCCUGUCCGCGUGGUGGUGGCACGCGUGUAACGUGGUGUUGCACGCAACGUGUUGUGCGCUAGUGUUGCGCGCCGGCGCAGUGCUAGCUCGACUCGAGCGCCCGUUUGCUGCGCUCGCUGCGUUGCUGUUUGCGGUACACCCUGUGCAUACUGAGGCGGUGGCGGGGGUAGUGGGGCGCGCGGACGUGCUCGCAUGCGUGUUCUUCCUGUCUUCUCUUCUACUCUAUCACGGAUGUGCGGGCAGACAUCGGGUGUGGGCGAGUGUGGUGUUGGCAGCUCUCAGCAUGCUGGCUAAAGAAACCGGCCUCACCGCGUUGCUUUUCAACGUCGCCUUCGACAUCUACCGCAGCUGGACUCCUGUCUCUAGGUCAUCCACAGCAGUGAAGCGGCGGUGGCGGUGUGACAGCGUGUGCGGGCGAUCGGCGCGUGCGCUGGCAGCGCUGGCGCUGCUGGCGGCGGCGCGGCUGGCUCUGCUGCAGGGAUCGCUGCCUGCAUUCUCACCGCAGGAUAACCCGCCAGCUUUUCACCCCUCCUUGGCCAUCAGGUUGAUGACAUUCUGCUACCUGGCGGCGUUCAACUGGUGGCUGCUGCUGUGUCCGUGGUCACUGAGCCAUGACUGGCAGAUGGGGUCGGUGCCGCUGGUCACCAGCGGCUGGGACCCUCGCAACCUGAUGACGUGCGCCGCGCUCAUCGCCUUCCUCGCGCUGGCAUAUAGAUGCUUUCUUGAUCUUGAGAUGCAGCGUCACACCCCCGCGGUGGUGGGUGUGCUACUCCUAGUGCUGCCGUACCUGCCAGCCUCCAACUUGCUGGUCACCGUCGGCUUUGUCGUCGCUGAAAGAGUCCUCUAUAUACCCAGCGUGGGCUCGGUGUUGCUGACGGUGUACGGAGUGCAGCUGCUGUGGCGGCGUGACGUCAGUUGCCGGCGGUGGUUGGUGCUGGGCGUGGCAGUGCUGGUGGCAGGCGGCGUCGCUAGGACGCACCUGCGGAACCGGGACUGGCGCACCCGGGAGACCCUACUCCGGGCGGACUUAGCCGUGCUACCCCACAACGCGAAGCUGCACUACAACUUUGCCAACUUCCUGAAGGACAUCGAGCAGCAGGAGAACGCCAUCAAACACUACAAGGAAGCCUUGAAAUUGUGGCCGAGCUACGCCAGCGCGCACAACAACCUGGGCACCCUGGUGGUGGCGUCAGGCCGCGCCGAGCACCAUUUCCUGCAGGCACUCAAGUACAACAGAGACCAUGUCAACGCGCAUUAUAACCUCGCCAAGUUGUACAGGAAAAAGAACCGCAUAGCAGAAUCUCUGAAGAUGUUGGAGCGCUGCAUCUCCCUGGAGCCGCGCUUCGUGCAGGCGUACCUGGAGCUGCUGCUACUCACCCCGCAAGGAGACAAGCGUUGGAUCCUCGACAAACUGCUCAAGCUCGAACCCGGCAACUGGGAGCACUACCUGCUGUACGGGAACUGGUAUAAGGACAGAGGCCUGCUGCCCACGUCGCUGGAGUACUACACGCGCGCGCUGCGGGCGGCCCUGCCCCGCGCGGCCCGCGCGCCCGGCGCCGCGCUGCGGGCCGCCUGCCUCGCGCUGCGUGCCGCCGGCCAGUGGGCGCGCGUGCUGCAGCUGCUCUCCAGAUGGCACGUGUCCCGCGGCGACGGCCCCGGGCUGGCGCGGCGGCUGGCGGCGGAGCGCGCGUGGCGCCUGCGCAGCGAGCUGGCCGGCCGCGCUGCGCUCUACGCGCGACCUGCACACAGCGCCAUGACAUCGACCUGCCUUCACCACAGCCAGCUGGAGGUAUCAGCAGACUCGUACCAGCUGAAGCAGAGAGAUAACACCGUGUCUAGGACUGUAUACCACCGUGGGGCCGAGCCCAACGUAGCGUACACUAUCAAUAAGUUUAGUUGCCAAAAAUCUAGUGAAUAUAAGAAGAGUGUCUCGUUAUCAGCUCAGUACAAGCCGACGCACAACAAGUCAGAAACGGGCCUCAAGCAGAAGAGCUGCCCUCUACACAAGAAGAAGAAAAUGAAGGAUCCCGAACCGUUCCAACAGUUUGUCUCCGACCACUUGAUAAAGACUUAUUAGACCAUGUAAAUACUCCAUUAGAUAAUCUUUCCAAUUGUUGAAGACCGUACACUUUUGUUCGAAAUAUGAAAUGGAAUACGAAGUUAUUGUUAUUAUAAUUGUUUUUACGAAAUCUGUCAACGGAAAUUAUAUAAUAUAAAGUAUAUACUGUACCAAUUAUGUGCCAGAACUUCAGCGAUGUGUAAAUACUUGUAGAUAGGUGUUCUAAUGUCAUGGUUUGGUUCAAUAAAGUAAUUAACAGUUGAAUAAUUGUCACACGUUUUAGUAUUUCAAAUGUAAAACUGAACUGAAGAUUUCCAUUUAGCUUACAAUAUAGAAUAUUAAUUGAACGUCAGAUUGAUCAAGUUGUAUUCAAUUGAACUACUAUGGUCAGUGCACAUCAACCCAUGUACCCAGAACACGGAGGCAUUAGUAUGUAAUCAUCAUCUCCCUAGCAAUAUCCCGUUUCUCACGGGGUCCGCUUACCUAACCUGAAGAUUUGACAGCUCAAAAGCGACUGCCUGUUUGACAUUCCAACCCGUGAAGGGAAAACCAGCCCAAUACAGGUUAGGUCACAUACCUCCGAAAUACAUUUUUCAGGAAUGUGGGUUCCUCACGAUAUUUACCUUCACUGCUGAGCACGUGAUAAACAUGAAUUCAAAAACAAAUUCGAAAAUCAUUGGUUUUGGCCUAUGCUGGGAUUCGACCUUGCAACCUCAAAUUGAGAGUCAAGCGUUCUACCAACUGGGCUACCACCGCUACGGCAUUAGUCUGUAAUAUUAAUUUAAAUAAUCAAAAAUACAUAAGCGAAAAAAAAGAAAAGCUUAUAAGUACACGCAAAUAUCUUGUGAAAUAAGUACCUUGCCCAUAUUUUUUUUUGUCAGGAUAAAAUAUAAAGAUACUUACCUAUUGUUUGAAAUGAGUUCCAUUCGGCUAGAUGCUUUAACAAACAUGAUUCAAAAGUUUAGAUAAAUUAAGUUUGUAAUUUUGUAAAUAAGUACAUUAAGUAAUACAUAUUGUGAGAAUUGUAAAUAUAUAACCAGUAAGGUAGGUUCAACAAGUUAUAGAUACCUACUUGACUACUAUUACUGCACACGUUGCUUUAGGUGUAUGUACUUAUUUGUUUACAAUCACAUGGAUUAAUAAAAAGAAUUACAGUUAA